AAAAAUAAAAAAAACUAAAUAUAGCCUAAGUUUGAAAUCUCUCUCAUAGCCUUCCCUGUGGAUACUGGAUCUUCUCAGUUCUCAGUUGUCAGUUCUGAGUUCUCAUCUUCUAUGUUCGUCAAUUCUCAGGCACCAUCACCGGCGGAUCUUCAAUAUUUGCCGCAGCACCAUCUCCGUCGCACAACCUCGCCACUUCUUUGCGCUGAAAUUCUGCUACAUCCUCACUAAAUGAAGAGCAAACUAAAAUAUACCUUCAAGCGUCAAGAACACUAUGUCCCUGUAUUUUAAUUUCAGUUUCACAUCGAGGAGUUCGAAAUUCUGGUAGUGGAAGAUGGAUAGGAGCCGAAUGAACAGAGGUCGUUUCUCUGGUCCUAUUCCAUCAGAAGAAUCAGCAUUGGAUCUUGAAAGGAGCUGCUGUGGCCACCAUAAUUUUCCGUCUUUAAGUCCACCGCUUCAGCCCUUUGCUUCGGCAGGGCAGCAUUCUGAAAGUAGUGCAGCUUAUUUCUCAUGGCCUGCCUCCUGUCGAAUAAGUGAUGCUGCUGAAGAGAGGGAAAAUUACUUUGCAAACCUUCAAAAAGGAGUGCUCCCUGAGACUCUUAACCGGUUACCUCAAGGGCAGCAAGCAACAACUUUGCUUGAAUUGAUGACUAUAAGGGCAUUUCACAGCAAAAUCUUACGUUGUUAUAGUCUCGGCACAGCUAUUGGUUUUCGCAUCAGAAAGGGUUUGUUGACGGAUAUACCAGCCAUCCUUGUUUUCGUUUCAAGGAAGGUGCACAAGAAAUGGCUGACACCCAUACAAUGUUUACCUACUGCGUUGGAGGGACCAGGAGGUGUAUGGUGUGAUGUGGAUGUUGUAGAAUUCUCUUAUUUUGGAGCUCCAGAGCCCGCACCCAAAGAACAGCUUUACACUGAGAUUGUGGAUGACCUGCGUGGGAAUGAUCCUUGUAUUGGUUCAGGUUCUCAGGUGGCAAGCCAAGAGACUUACGGUACCCUAGGUGCUAUUGUGAGAAGCCAAACGGGAAGCAGACAAGUUGGCUUCCUGACGAACCGGCAUGUUGCGGUUGACUUAGAUUAUCCAAGCCAGAAGAUGUUUCAUCCCCUACCACCCAAUCUUGGCCCCGGUGUUUAUCUGGGUGCUGUGGAGAGGGCUACAUCUUUCAUCACGGAUGAUUUGUGGUAUGGCAUCUUUGCUGGGAUAAAUCCAGAGACAUUUGUGAGAGCAGAUGGAGCAUUCAUUCCCUUUGUUGCUGAUUUUGACACGUCAACUAUAACUACGGUUGUGAAAGGUGUAGGAGAGAUAGGAGAUGUCAAGCAUAUAGAUUUGCAAUCUCCUAUAAGUAGCUUAAUUGGGAAACGAGUGAUGAAAGUUGGGCGAAGUUCUGGCUUGACAACUGGUGUUGUAUUAGCCUAUGCUCUGGAAUACAAUGAUGAGAAAGGUAUAUGCUUCUUGACUGAUUUUCUUGUUGUUGGUGAAAACCAGCAAACAUUUGACCUUGAAGGAGACAGUGGAAGCCUCAUUAUGUUAGUAGGAGACAAUGGGGAGAAGCCCCGUCCAAUCGGCAUCAUAUGGGGUGGAACUGCUAAUCGUGGCCGUCUUAAAUUAAAAGUUGGCCAUGCGCCCGAGAAUUGGACUAGUGGGGUUGAUCUAGGACGUCUCCUCAAUCUGCUUGAGCUCGAUCUCAUCACAACCAGUCAAGGGCUUAAAGAGGCAGUGCAAGAACAAAUGGCUGCAUCAGCAACAGCAAUGAAUUCUGUUGUCGGCGAUUCCUCUCCUCCUGGUGGUCUUCCAUUGGACAAAAGCAAAGAAGAGUUUCCCUUGGGAUUCCGACUCCAGAAGCUUCCUGUACAAAAUGGACCUCCUGGUCCAGAUAUGAAUUCACCUGCAAUGGAUACUGACAUGAAUUCACCUGCAAUGGGCCCGAGUGUCGAGCAUCAGUUCAUUCCUAGCUUUGUCAGACCGUCCCCGCUAUGUGAAAUGGAGAAAGAGGAAAUGAAGGUGUCUCAAAAUCUCUUCGCCUUGAGGAAAGGCUCGGAAGAAGAUGUGGGUGUAUCAUUGCAACUGGGUGACAAGGAGUUGAAGAGAAGGCGAUCAGAUGCUUCAACUAGCUCUGACGAGCCUAAUAAACAGAAGUUAGAGCUUCUUUAGCUGCAGUUGUUGUGAGUUGUUUAGUGUUUGUAAUAUGAGUUAUUUUGCAUGCUAUAUCCAAGAUUUAAUAUGGUGGUAUUGGUGGCUCAUGCAUAAAUUAUGCGAACACCCAUCAUAAUUGGUAUUUUCCUUAAAUGUAUCCAUGUUAUAUAUAGUAUGCUUCUCAAUGUAGAAUUGCCAUCUUAUGCCCAACUAGCAAAGAUCUAGAAUGAUCUUUUUAUA